UCAGUAAAAUUCCCCUUCCAAAAGAGCAGAGGAGAGAGAAAGAAGAGAGAGAGAGAGGGGAUUCGAUGCCUCCCGAAACAAACAAGAUAAAUAAAUCGUCUCUUUUUGUAACAAGAGUAAGCAGUUGUUGGUUCUAAGCAACCGUUUUGUCCUUUUCACAAUUCACGCACACACUGAGGGUGUCACUGUGUGGAAAUUGGAUGGAGGCGACGCCGUCGACGUGGUUGCGCGGCCGUGGUUUGGUCGUCGGAGGCCUCAAAUUUGGUCAAGUUAUUGUACGGUUCUACCCUUCCCCUUCCCAGCGUUUGCACCCAGCUUCAUGUAGAAUACGACACCGUAACUUCAGUUUGAACGCUAAGAGACAACCUGCAAAGAAAAUCAAUCUUGAGCGUACAACAAAUAGAAAGUUCCAGUCAAGUGGUGAUAACGACUCUGAUCCAAGCAAGUUGUCUAAAGAUAGUACUAUAGACACAAUUCAAGAGACAGCUUCCAAUGAGCAUGACCCCAUCGUAAUAGAAGCAGGACAUGCAAACGGAAAGGAUUACAACAAUUCUUCUCCACCAAAUGAAGUCAUAUCGUUGGACGAUGACACUAUUGAGUCUGCCAGGGAAUCAUCGUACUCAGAUGAAAAUUCCAGUGAUAUAGAUGGAGGAGACCAACUUUCAGGCAUUCACCUUGAAGAUUUAGUUGGGAUGAUAAGACAUGCAGAAAAGAAUAUCCAUCUUCUCAAUCAAGCUCGUAUACGUGCUCUUGAAGAUCUUGAAAAAAUUCUCAGCGAAAAAGAGGAGUUGCAGGGACAAAUCAACACUUUGGAGAUGAAACUGGCUGAAACUAAUGAACGGCUCAAAGUGGUUGCACAAGAGAAGAUACACGUGGAACUCCUGGAAGACCAGUUGGAAAAGCUGCGAAAUGAAUUGUCGAGUAGGGGUAGCAAUGAGGAAAACACGCAAGACAAGAAUAGUUCUGUUUCUUCUUCACAAAUUGAUCUUAUCGAUUCUUUUAGCCAAGAAUUGGAUUUGUUAAGGGCAGAGAAUAUGUCCCUGAAGGAUGAGCUACAGGUUUUGAAAGCACAGCUUGGUAAUAUCAGGGAAACUGAUCAACGUGUUCAAAUGCUGGAGGAAGAACGGUUAACUAUGGAAUCUUCUUUAAAAGAGUUAGAGUUUAAACUCGCUGCUUCUCAUGAAGAUAUUUCAAAAAUUUCUAGUUUGAAAUCUGAAUGCAAAAGUUUAUACGAGAAAGUAGAAGAUUUGCAAACGCUCCUAGAUAAGGCAACAAAACAGGCAGAUCAUGCUAGUCUGGUGCUGCAGGAAAACCAAGAAAUCCAAAAGAAGGUUGACCGGCUUGAGGAAUCUCUAAAAGAGGCCGAUGUCUAUAGAUUGUCAACAGAGAAAAUGCAACAGUAUAAUGAACUAAUGCAACAGAAGAUAAAACUUUUGGAUGAGCGCCUGCAAAGAUCUGAUGAAGAGAUACAUUCAUAUGUUCAGUUAUAUCAAGACUCUAUGAAGGAAUUCCAAGACACAGUUGAUAAUUUAAAAGAAGAAAACAAGAAAAAGGAACAAGACACAUCUGUUAAUGAUAAGCCUUGGGCAUUUUGGAGCAACUUAUUUCUUAUUGUGGAUGGUUGGGUUCUUGAAAAGAAGAUUUCGGUGGAUCAAGCUAAGCUGUUAAGAGAGAUGAUAUGGAACAGGGAUGAAGGUAUAUGUGAUGCAUAUAUAUUGUCUAAAGAAAAGAACGAGCGUGAAAUCAUUGCGACAUUUCUCAAAUUGACAUCCUCGACGACAGGUGAAAGGUUACAUGUGAUACAUAUCGCUGCAGAGAUGGCACCUGUUGCAAAGGUCGGUGGGUUGGGAGAUGUGGUGACUGGUCUCAGCAAAGCACUUCAGAAGAAAGGGCACCUUGUGGAGAUUAUUCUACCGAAAUAUGACUGCAUGCGUCAUGAACUCGUUCGGGACUUAAAGCUUUUGGAUGUGCCUGUUGAGUCAUACUUUGAUGGCCAUUUGUUUAAAAACAAAAUCUGGGUUGGCACUGUUGAAGGACUUCCUGUUUACUUCAUUGAGCCUCAACAUCCCAGUAGAUUCUUCUCGAGGGGUCAAUUUUAUGGAGAGCGUGAUGAUUUUAAGCGGUUCUCAUUCUUCAGCAGGGCAGCUCUUGAGUUACUUCUUCAAGCUGGCAAGAGACCAGACAUAAUUCAUUGUCAUGAUUGGCAGACUGCCUUUGUUGCACCACUUUAUUGGGAUCUGUAUGUGGCAAAAGGACUGAAUUCAGCCAGAAUAUGUUUUACGUGUCACAAUUUCGAGUAUCAAGGAGCUGCAACGGCUUCUGACCUAGAAUCUUGUGGUCUUGAUGUUUACCAGCUCAAUAGACCUGAUAGGAUGCAGGACAACUCAGCAAAAGACAGGGUCAACCCGGUUAAGGGUGCAAUAGUGUUCUCUAAUAUCGUGACAACAGUUUCACCUUCCUAUGCCCAAGAAGUCCGGACUGCUCAGGGAGGACAAGGCCUGCACGGAACACUUAAUUCACAUUCAAAGAAGUUUGUUGGGAUUUUAAAUGGAAUUGAUACUGAUGCAUGGAAUCCAGCAACUGAUCCACUUUUGGAAGUUCAGUAUAAUUCCAGUGACAUUGAAGGCAAGGCAGAGAAUAAAGAAGCUUUAAGAAGACAACUAGGGAUUUCUUCAGCUGAUCUCCGGCAACCAUUGGUUGCUUGCAUAACUAGACUGGUACCUCAAAAAGGUGUACAUCUUAUAAGGCAUGCAAUAUAUCGGACAUUGGAGCUCGGUGGCCAGUUUGUCCUUCUUGGUUCAAGUCCAGUGCCACAAAUUCAGAGGGAGUUUGAAGAUAUUGAGAACCAUUUUAGAACUCAUGAGCAUGCUCGAUUACUACUGAAAUACGACGAGUCUCUUGCCCACUUAAUAUAUGCUGCCUCUGACAUGUUUAUCAUCCCAUCCAUCUUUGAGCCUUGUGGCCUUACACAGAUGAUUGCUAUGAGAUAUGGUGCAAUCCCAAUAGUUAGGAAGACAGGUGGACUAAAUGACAGUGUUUUCGAUGUAGAUGAUGAUACUAUACCUGUCCAUUUCAGAAAUGGAUUUACGUUUUUGACAGCCGACGAGCAGAGCUUCAGCAAUGCAUUAGAACGUGCAUUUCACCAUUAUAAGCACGAUGCUGAUGGUUGGAAACAGCUUGUACAAAGAGACAUGAGGAUAGAUUUUAGUUGGGACACUUCAUCAUUACUGUAUGAAGAACUUUAUGCAAAGUCGGUUGCCAGAGCAAGGGCUGCAAAUCGUACCUGAGCACAGUUACGUUAUAAAAUGAAGAGAAACUAACCAUCAGUCGUGAUAUUUGGGCGGCUGCUAAGGCUAUGAUGAUCUCCAAUUCUUUUUUGUUACAGUCGAUCAAUUUUCCUUGUAAAUACAAUAUAUGGGCAGGCAUGAACUUUAAUCUGUACAUGGUGUAAAUUGUGUACAUGCCUUGUUCAAAAUACAUUGUACAAAAACAUUCCUAAGAGAUAUACAAGCUUUAUACUAAAGCUUCAGUAACGUGUUACUGAGACAUAAACAAGAGAUAUGCUAUCAUUCUCAU